AUCUUUCCUCAGACGCUCGGAGAGACGUGUCCCACCAGCAUCCCCAGGUGUGACAUCACAACCAUUCGCAUCUCAGCCGAUUGACUCUGCCUGUGGGCGGUGGGAGAGCUCUAGCAUCAGGGGUUACCAUUGAGCACCAUCUAGCUGCGCUCCCCUGUCUCCACCAGGCUUCUUUCCAUCUAAAGAGGAUCAGGUCCGAGGAGGAUGCAGACCCCCCUCCACUUCUCGCUGAAGUCUGUCAGGCUGUGGGCCAUUCUCUGCUUGCUUUCUGGGGCUGCUGUCGUCUCCUGUGACAUUCCAUGUAUAGCUGUCGGCCCAGGCAACAUUGAUUUCUGGUUCAAGCUCUUCUGGCGGUUGACUUCCAAAGCCCCAAAUGACACCAUCCUGUUCUCGCCAGUGGGCAUCUCAUCCUCUUUGGUGACCAUCUCCCUCGGGGCACAAUCCCAAACCCAGACGCAGAUCUUGAAGACCCUGGAAUUCAAUCUCACAGAGCUGUCACAUGAACGUAUCCUCAAGGGUUUCCAGUGUAUACAAGAAGCUCUCAAUGGGCCUGGCAUGAUGCCACACACAAAAAUAGGGAGCGCUCUGUUUGUCCCCCCAAAUGCGUUGCCGCCACAAACUUUCAUAGACAGGGCUGCUACAUUGUUCAAAUCCAAGAUCAUCAAUACGGACUUCCUGGAUACUUCAAAGGCAGAGAAUCAAAUAAACAACUACGUCAAGGAGUUGGUCUCUAACAAGAUCAAGGAUGCAAGCCCCAAAUUGAAUGAACACACCUCAUCAGUCCUCGUGAAUACUCCAUUCUUUGAAGGUGUGUGGGACUACCCCUUUGAUGUCACUAAGACCAAAGAGAUGGACUUCUUUGUGAACGACAUGGAGGUUGUCAAGGUCCCCUUCAUGUACCAGAAGGGUCAGUUUAUAACCCACCGUGCUGAGUCUCUGUCCUGCAUUCUGGUCCAUAAGACAACCAAGAAAGCAUCUGGGUUGUAUUUCAUCCUUCCUGACGAAGGGAAGAUGAAGCAAGUGGAAGAGAGUCUGAGUGGGAUGGUCUUUCUCGAAUGGUUUCGACUCAGGGAUCUGAGCAACGCAGAGCUGUACAUCCCCAAGUUCUCUCUGUCUACUACCACCGAGCUGGAGGAGUACCUUUCUGACUUGGGAAUCAAGGACCUUUUCACCCAGCAGGCUGACCUCUCCGGCCUCAGCAACAAGCCUGGUGUGUCCAUCUCCAAGGUGUAUCACAGGGCCACACUGGAUGUGAUGGAAUCUGGCCUCGUAGCUACGGGGUCCACCAGCGUGAUGGUGUCCUCAGGGCCGGUGCACCCCUCGCCAGUCCCAUCAACUCUUUCUCCUCAUGUCCACCCUGAGAGGUCAAAGACGACCCCUCAGGCACCCAUCAUCUUCAACAGGCCCUUCCUGGUGGGUGUCUUUCACGAAAAAGCCUACACCACUCUCUUCUGGGGAAAGGUCAUCCAUCCGAACCUCAAGGGGGGUCUGCAGGGCCAGGCGUGAACCCUCUGAUCCAGACAGGUCUUGGGCUCAUGGACAUUACCCUACUCAACCUUCUCCAUCUCCCUUAGCUCCUCUCCACGAUGAUCCCAGGGGCCCCAUUGUCAAAAGUGUUGGGGCAUCUCUGACUAAAUAAAUCUACCCUGUCAGAACCAA